CAUUCACACCGGCUGAAGUAAUUUGGAUAUUGAUGAAGACUUCAUGAUCGCCAGCACCGGGGUUGAGCUCCAGCAUACAAAUAUGCGUGCUCGCCAGAGGUUUCAUUCUUCACGCACUCCUUCUCACACUCUCUUCUCUAGCCACGAUGCUAUCUAAACUUCUCUUCACUGCUGCGCUCGCAGCUGGCGUGGCUCAGGCCCUGCCCCAAGCGACCAGCACUCGUGCUACCACAACGGCCGCUCCCGCAGCGACUGGCAACCCCUUCGCUGGCAAGGACUUCUACGCUAACCCGUACUACUCGUCCGAGGUCUACACCCAGGCCAUGCCAUCUCUUGCUGCAUCUCUGAAGCCUGCUGCUUCCGCGGUAGCCAAGGUCGGCUCAUUCGUAUGGAUGGACACGAUGGCCAAGGUUCCUCUCAUGGACACUUACCUGGCCGACAUCAAGGCCAAGAACGCCGCAGGUGCGAAGCUGAUGGGUACCUUUGUCGUCUACGACCUACCCGAGCGUGACUGCGCAGCCCUUGCCUCCAACGGCGAGCUCAAGAUCGACGAGGGUGGCGUAGAAAAGUACAAGACCCAGUACAUCGACAAGAUUGCCGCCAUCAUCAAGAAGUACCCUGACGUCAAGAUCAACCUUGCCAUUGAGCCCGACUCCCUAGCCAACAUGAUCACCAACAUGGGCGUGGCAAAGUGCUCGCGCGCUGCCCCCUACUACAAGGACCUCACUGCCUACGCUCUCAAGACCCUCAACUUCGCCAACGUCGACAUGUACCUUGACGGAGGCCACGCUGGCUGGCUCGGCUGGGACGCCAACAUUGGCCCAGCCGCAAAGCUCUACGCCGAGGUCUACAAGGCGGCUGGCUCGCCCCGUGCUGUCCGUGGUAUUGUCACUAACGUUAGCAACUACAACGCAUUCCGCAUUGCUACCUGCCCAUCCAUCACCCAAGGAAGCAAGAACUGCGACGAGGAGCGCUACAUCAACGCCUUCGCUCCCCUGCUCAAGGCCGAGGGCUUCCCAGCUCACUUCAUCGUCGACACUGGCCGCAGCGGUAAGCAGCCUACUGGCCAGCAGGCUUGGGGAGAUUGGUGCAACGUCAAGGGCGCUGGCUUCGGUAUCCGUCCUACUACCAACACCGACAACGCGCUUGUCGAUGCUUUUGUCUGGGUCAAGCCCGGUGGCGAGUCUGACGGUACAUCCGACCAAUCUGCUGCCCGCUACGAUGGCUUCUGCGGCAAGGACUCUGCGUUCAAGCCUGCGCCCGAGGCUGGUACUUGGUUCCAAGCGUACUUCGCGAUGUUGCUCCAGAAUGCCAGCCCCGCUCUUGCAUAGAGUUUAGACGAGUAGGAGACACAGUACCUUGAUCCAAGCUUUUGUCGGGUGGAGGAUGUUAAGAGGAUGCACUGUAUAUAGUCGCGACGGCAUCUCGCUUUCUCCUGGAUCACAAGAACUGUAUAUAUCAAUCCCAUGUGUAUAUGAACCACUAUUGAUGUAUGCGACGACUGUUUUUGAGUGAUAUGCGAUGGGUGCAACGGUG